AUGCGUUCGCUCUUUCUCGCAGGCUUCGCCAGCCUGGCACUAGCUGCUCCCCGGCCACAGAACAUAGACAUCGAGGCAGUCGAAGCCGCCCCUGAUCCAGUCAUGGUUACCCCGGCUGUAGCAGCACCCUCCCAGGGAGCGUCAGUUGCUGCCGCCGUCGUGGAAGCCGCUGCCGCCACUAAGGUAUCUUUGCUCAAGCGCACCAACAUGAUCUGCGGUGGAGAGGAGGAUCCGUCGGCGUGUAUCGAGGUCGAGUCCAAACGCGAUGUGCAAGUCAGGAAGCGAGAUGGAGACUGCUCGAAGCAACCGCUGGGCUCUGGCCCAGUUCCGAGCCCUGACACUGCUGUUGCGUUCAGCUCGAACCAAGAUAUCCAAGAUUUGGCUCGCAGUGCUCCCACUCCUGAUGGCUACUCACUUGUUUUCUCGAACUUGGACGGCUCUCUGAGCGCUAGCGUCUACAUGGGCCUCACUACGAUGGACAGCUAUGACACCCUUGGAUGCCAGAAUCUGUGUGACCGUGCGGUCGGCUGCGUAGCCUUCAAUGUGUACACCGAAAGGGAUCCAACUAUAAAUACCAAUGCCGAGAGUUGCCCGAAUUCCCCAAGUACUACGAACUUCAAAUGUACUCUGUGGGGCGCGCCCGUCAGUGCUGAGCAGGCUACAAACAAAGGCCAAUGGCGUAACCCGUUUCAGGUCGUCAUCGCCGCAUCGAAUGCGUACAAUAGGGCCACCCCGCCACCGGCACUAGGCGGAUUCAAGGGCCCUUUCCAGCUCGGCGGAGCUAUCAACGCUCCGUAUGCUGCGGACGGGCACGACACCUUCAUGGGUUCUAGGUAUGAUCCAUCAUCGUGA